AUGAAGGUGCAGUUACGUGGACAUGAGAUCCCAGGACACGGGAAGAGCUCACCAAACAAGGCGCCUGCAGCGAGGCUUCCAGAAACUACACGUACAACCGGACUCACCCACAGGCCCCGGAGCUGGGGCCGGGGCUGGAGCCCUUGCCUAUUGCACCCAGCACAGCAGCUUGCACGGCCUUGCCAUGGACGCCUCAAGCUCGAUGCCUCCCCCAACUCCCAUCCCCUGGUGGACCAAAUUCACCCGGUGGCGGCAGACCUCCUUACAAGAGGGCAGGGAGGCGGAGCACCGGGUGCUGCGUCUCUUCCCGGGGACCGCGUGGACCCCCCCGUGGUGAUGAUGCCGGGUUACGGAGCGGGAGUGGGCUUUUACUACCGGAAUUUUCCCAGUCUAGCCCGGCAAUUGCGGCUGUUCGCGGUGGACUGGUUGGGCACGGGCCUUUCCGGCCGGCCCCCCUACCGGGCUCGCACUCGCGAGCAGGCGGAGGACUUCUUCCUCACCAGCCUGGCGGAGUGGCGGCGGGCGGCGGGGCUGGAGGGGUCUAAGAUGGUCCUGGUGGGUCUGGAUGUCCCGGGUAUCCAAGGGGGGGUGGGUCACAGCCUGGGCGGCUACCUGGCGGCCAACUACGCACUGCGGUAUCCGGAGCACGUGCAACACCUGGUGCUGGUGUGCCCCGCGGGAGUGCCCAAGGCGCCCGAGGACUGGGAGCGGCGCUGGCUGGGCGACAAAUGGAGCUGGCGGGGUCAGAUGUUCAAGAUGUUCAUGUGGGGGUGGGAGAAGGGCGUCACGCCGGGGGCCAUCAUUCGGGGCCUGGGUCCAUGGGGCCAGAACCUGGUGUUCAAGUACGUGGCCAACAGAUUCUCACAUCACGGUGAGGGCCUCAGUCAACGAGAGAUCGACCUGUUCAAGGAGUACUUUUACAGCAUUGCGGCAUUGCCCGGAAGCGGCGAGUACGCGCUGCGGCACCUGCUGGCCCCGGGGGCCUGGGCGCACGCCCCCCUGGAGGAGCGCCUGCACGAACUCAAGGUGCCGGUCACCUUCAUCUACGGGCGACAUGACUGGAUGCGACCCGAGUACGCGGUGCAGCUGUGUGCGCGGCUCCGGAAGGAGCGACCCCCCUCCGCCCCCAACGACCUCACCGUGGAGAUCAUUGACGACGCGGGGCACUUCGUCUUCUUGGACCAGCCGGAGCUAUUCGACAAGGCACUCACCAAUGUGGUGCUGCCGUACCUGCGGACAGCCCGCCAGAGGGAGAGGGCGGCGGCUUACGUGACAGCAGGCACGGAGGUGCAAGUGGCGCCUGAGGCGAAGGGGGUUGCGGAUACGGCGGAGCGGGCAGCAGGGGCGGCGCGUGAGACUGCGGCCGCCACCUCCACGGCCACCGCCACGAGCUGGGGGUUCGCGGCGAGUGGUGUCGCCCCGCGCACACCAGGAGCUGGGGAACAGAAGUAA